AUGCGAGCCCACAUGUCCGGGGUGGCUGGCACGGCUCUCCGGGCGGCAGACGCCAGCUCACUGCCCAGACCAGAGAGGAGCAACCCUGAAGCUCCCUACCAGGCUUUCGGCUGCAGCAUCUUCCCCUCCAGCAUGGCCCCAGUGGCCGAGCGAGCUGGUGCUGCCCUGCAGCAGGAGGAUUGGGGGGACACGACCUGCCCGCUGCUCUUCAUCCAGCUCAACCAGCUCCUCAGCACCCCGGCAGGGCUGGAGUGGAGAGAGACAGCCAGGUGGAUAAAGUUCGAGGAGAAGGUGGAGCAUGGCGGGGAGCGCUGGAGCGCACCCCACGUCCCAGCCCUCCCCCUGCACAGCCUCUUCCAGCUGAGGACGUGCCUGCAGAAGGGGACGAUGCUCCUGGAUCUGGAUGCCCCCAGUUUCAAGGAAAUAAUCGACAAGGUGCUUUCUGGGCAGCCCGAGGAAGCAGAGCUGCAGCCUGAGCUGAGGGAGCGCCUGGCAGCCCUCCUGCUCCGCCAGCCGCGGCACCAGCCCACCAAAUCCCUGCUGUGGCUCCUCGCUGAGCUCGGUCUCUCUCCCUGCCGAGGCAAGGCCAAAAGCUGGUCUGAGCCCGGAGCCCAGCUCUCUGAAACGCCUCUUAAGGAGCAGCUGAGAAACCGAUUUAAGAAGAAGGUCCCACCAGGGGCCGAAGCAGCCCACAUUGCCGUCGGUGAAGUUGAAUUCCUGGAGAAGCCCUUCACUGCCUUCAUCCGCCUCAGGCGAGGGGUGGCCCUCGGCUCACUGGCCGAAGUUGCUCUCCCCAGCAGGUUCCUCUUCAUUCUGCUGGGUCCCCGAGCCAAAGUGAAAGCCUACCACGAGGUUGGCAGGGCCAUGGCCACGCUGCUAACGGAUGAGCUCUUCCAAAGGGUUGCCCGGCAGGCUGAGCAUCGAGACGACCUCAUCGCAGGGAUGGAGGUGUUCCUAGAUGAGCUGACUGUGCUGCCUCCAGGGAAAUGGGACCCCAGUGCCCGAAUUCCUCCGACAAGCUGUCUGCCAUCUCCGCACAGGAGGACCGCCAUGCACCCACCGGAUCGGCAGUCCCAUGGCAAUGGGGACAUGGCAGCAGCUGGGGACAGAGCCGGCCUGGGGCACCUGCGCUCCAGGGAGGAGCUGGAGAGGACGGGCAGGCUUUUCGGGGGGCUGCUGCGAGACAUCCGGAGGAAGGCGCCGUGGUACGGCAGCGACUUCUCUGACGCCCUGCACCCCCAGUGCCUCUCGGCAGUGCUCUACAUCUACCUGGCGACAGUCACCAACGCCAUCACCUUCGGGGGCAUGCUGGGGGAUGCGACCACGAACAUGCAGGGGGUGCUGGAGAGCUUCCUGGGCACGGCCUUUGCUGGCUCCAUCUUCUGCCUCUUUUCCGGCCAGCCCCUGACCAUCCUGAGCAGCACCGGCCCUGUGCUCGUCUUCGAGCGCCUCCUCUUCUCCUUCAGCCAGGACCACAGCCUGGACUACCUGGAGUUUCGCCUCUGGAUUGGGCUCUGGGUGGCCUUUUUUGGCGUGGUCUUGGUGGCCACCGAGGCCAGCCACCUGGUGCGGUACUUCACUCGCUUCACCGAGGAAGGCUUCUGCGCCCUCAUCAGCUUGAUAUUCAUCUAUGACUCCCUGAAGAAGAUGCUGAGCCUGGCGAAUGCCUUCCCCAUCAACUGGCAGUACCGGCUGGACGACGUCACCUCCUACAGCUGCGUCUGCAACUUGUCCAGCCCCAGUCACAGCUCCGCAGGGAACGACACGCCGCUCCCCUCGACCCUGGCCCCCCGGCAGCCUCCCGCCACCCUGGCUGGGCUGAGCAGGACCCAGUGCCUGGGUCGAGGCGGGCAGCUCCUGGGGACCAGCUGCCAGUAUGUGCCCGAUGUCACCCUCGUCUCCUUCCUGCUCUUUGGGGGCACCUUCCUCUCCUGCACCGCGCUCAAGCGCUUCAGGAGCAGCCGCUACUUCCCUGUGGGGGUGCGGAAGCUGGUGAGUGACUUCGCCAUCAUCCUGGCCAUCCUCGCCUCCUGUGCCGUCGACGCCGCCCUGGGCCUGGAGACCCCCAAGCUCCUCGUCCCCAGCGAGCUGAAGCCCACGAACCCAGCGCGGGGCUGGAUCGUCUUCCCCUUUGGAGCCAACCCAUGGUGGGUCUGCCUGGUGUCUGCGGUGCCCGCCAUCCUCGUCACCAUCCUCAUUUUCAUGGACCAGCAGAUCACGGCUGUCAUCCUUAACCGCAGGGAGUACAAGCUGCAGAAAGGAGCAGGCUUUCACCUGGACCUCCUCUGUGUCUCCCUCCUGAUGGUUGUCACCUCUGCCACCGGCCUCCCCUGGUACGUCUCAGCCACUGUCAUCUCCCUGGCGCACAUGGAGAGCCUGAGGAAGGAGAGUGCAACCUCGGCCCCCGGCGAGCACCCCGAGUUCCUGGGCAUCAGGGAGCAGAGGCUGACCGGCCUGGCCGUCUUUGUCCUGACAGGGGUCUCCGUCUUCAUGGCACCCGUUCUCAAGCACAUCCCGAUGCCGGUGCUGUACGGGGUCUUUCUGCACAUGGGGGUGGCGGCGCUGAACAGCAUCCAGCUCACAGACCGCGUGCGGCUGCUCCUGAUGCCAGCCAAGCACCAGCCAGACCUGGCCUACCUCCGCCACGUGCCCCUGCGCCGGGUACACCUCUUCACCGUCAUUCAGCUGCUGUGCCUGGCCCUGCUGUGGGUCCUCAAGUCCACCAUGGCCGCUAUUGUUUUCCCAGUGAUGCUGCUGGCGCUGGUGGGGAUCCGGAAGGGGCUGGAGCGCGUCUUCUCCCUGCACGACCUGAGCUGGCUGGACAGCCUCCUGCCCGAAACAGCCGGGAAGGAGGCAGAGGGGAAACAGCCCAGGAAGCGGAAGGAGGAGGAAAGCAACGGCGAGGAGGUAGGUGAUGUCCUGGGUGCUACGCUCUUUCACAGCCGUCCCCAGGGAUGCUUUGGUGCGGGGGCUGAGCCUGGCCUGAGCCCGCUCGCCCCAUCGGCGCCCGCAGCUCUGGCAAGACGCAUGACUGAUGUUCCAGGCGACCAAUCAGCUCUCGGGAAGUUCAGGAAGCGAGGCCGGGGGAACGGGGCGGGGCGGCGGGCUCUAACCGCCUCGGCGUGCGCUCUCAGGGCAGCAUGCUGGGAGCGCGUGACGCGAUCCGGAGUGGCGGGUGCCGCGCCCAAUAGCGCGCCGCCGUCGGCCGAGCGCGCCCAAUGGGCGCAGGCGGAGCGGCGGGUGGGCGGCGCGGCGCCCGCGGCCGGGUAG